AUGCGCCACUAUAUUCGUCAAGCAGGCGCUUUGCCGUGGCUUUACCCACUCAUCAUGGGCCCUACAAGAACGCAAGAAUUAGAGAACCCCCUGAAUGCUAGGGGUAUUUUGCCGCACUGCAUCCCCGUAUGCAUGACUCUCUAG